AUGGCUCCUUCCGCCUCUCCUGCUACCGCUACGACGGUCUACAACGUGACACCAACCCCGACCAAGAAUGUCUUUGCGAUCCGGCGUUACACUACCGCAAAUACACCAAUCAAGGCCAGGGCCGUGCUGGCGGCACUAGGAAUCCCUCUUGUACCGGGCGGUCAGCCCGAAGCGCCCACUCCGAUCGUGAGGAAAGCCGAAAGUGAUGUAUGGGGUACAUAUAACGCCAUCCUGUCUUUUGAAGAUGGGACGUGGAACGUCGAUACAUGCGGAACCUCAGAUUUCUCCGAGGAGCUCGCUUUCUGUGAGCACGUUGUGCGCAGAGAUGCCACAGUUCAAGCCCUUGCGAAAGAAGUUGGAGUGCUACCCGAACAAAUCUACGCUGACGGUUGGGCCAUCGGCUAUGAUGACCGCUUCCCGAAACAUACUCGCUUGCAACAAGCUUUCGUCUUCGCUCGUUACUCUGAGCAUGAGAACCUUUAUGCCCACCCCUUGGACUUUGUCGUAGUUAUCGACUCUCUCGCGGAGAAGGUUGUCCAGAUUGACUUCCCACCGACCUACAAGAGGGCCAAGGACGGUUCUGCAGAGUUGAGUGUCUCGAGUACAGAACCGUGUCCAUUGUCCGAAGACUCUUUCACCGAAUCAAAACGAGAGCGCAUUCCACCUCCUGUCAAGUCCUUUGAUUUCCUACCGGAUCUCCUCCAGUCGGACCCGGCUCACAAGCCUCGUGAUGAUAUCAAGCCUCUUCACGUCCUCCAGCCUGAGGGCGUGUCAUUUACAAUGGAUGGCAAUGUGCUUGAGUGGCAAAGAUUCAGCCAUCGCGAGGGUAUCGCGCUCUCGACAAUUACAUACAACGACGAUGGCGAAAUUCGUCCUGUUAUGUAUCGUCUGUCGCUUGCAGAGAUGGUCGUUCCAUAUGGCGCACCGGAAUUCCCUCAUCCUCGCAAAUUCGCCUUUGACAGUGGUGAAUAUGGCAUGGGAACGAUGGCAAACGAGCUUUCCUUAGGCUGUGAUUGUCUCGGACAAAUUCACUACCUCAGGAUGCUUGGUGUUCUUUGGAAGCACACUGACUAUCGUCCCGGUGGCCGUCAUCAGACAGUUCGCAGCAGGCGUCUUGUCGUCAGCAUGGUCUGCACGCUUGCAAACUACGAAUACAUCUGGAACUAUCAUUUCUACCAAGACGGUAACAUUGAAGUUGAGAUCCGUCUUACCGGAAUUCUUCAGGUGUAUGUUGCUGGCCAAGACGAACCAAAUCCUUACGGUACGACUAUUGCUCCGAACAUCAACGCACACAACCACCAGCACCUGUUCUCCGUUCGAGUCGACCCGAUGAUCGAUGGUCUCUACAACUCCGUCGUCGAGUCCGACAUUGUCCCUCUCAGUGCCCCCACUGGCUCAAAAGAGAACUUCGCAGGCAACGGUUUCGUUGUGAAGGACAAGGUGCUCAAGUCUCAAGUGCAAGGACGGCGCGCGCGACUUCGACUGGGCUCGAUGUGGCCAAGUGGAAAGUACGUCCCACAGACUCGUGAGGAGCCUGAGGACUCUGUUGGCAGAUGGGUCAAAGAUGGAAACGGAAGCAUCGAGAACGAGGACAUCGUGCUCUACCUCACUGUCGGCACGACUCACAUUCCUCGUCCUGAGGAUUGGCCUGUCAUGCCAGUUGAGCACGUUAAUUUGUUGUUCAAACCUAACAAUUUCUUCACGAAGAACCCGAGCAUGGAUGUUCCAGGAACCAACGACCCGAUGAGCAAGCCAGCCUUCAAUGGAGCGAACGGCGCCAACGGCACGAACGGCGCGUGCUGCUCGCAUUGA